ACGGUACUACUGCAUCGUGAUGCGGCAUUCUGCAAUGCUCCAAAGUGAGAACAUUUCGUUGAUGAAGAAGAGUUGACGACUCGAGAUCAUUGCACGCUGCCAACCAAUCAGCACGCGCCCCUUCUUCGCACGUCACGACUCCGCUGACCAGUGAGCGCGCGCUCUGGGCUACAUAAGCCGCCUUCUCCUCCCCGCCUGUGAGAAUCUUUGCCCUCACCAAGCCAUGGCUCGCACCAAGCAGACGGCUCGCAAGUCCACGGGCGGCAAGGCCCCCCGCAAGCAACUCGCCACCAAGGCGGCCCGAAAGAGCGCUCCGGCCACGGGCGGCGUCAAGAAGCCUCACCGCUACAGGCCCGGCACCGUCGCUCUGCGCGAGAUCCGCCGCUACCAGAAGUCCACCGAGCUGCUCAUCCGCAAACUGCCCUUCCAGCGCCUCGUCAGGGAGAUCGCGCAGGACUUCAAGACCGACCUGCGCUUCCAGAGCUCCGCUGUCAUGGCUCUGCAGGAGGCCAGCGAAGCGUACCUUGUCGCGCUCUUCGAGGACACCAACCUGUGCGCCAUCCACGCCAAGCGCGUCACCAUCAUGCCCAAGGACAUUCAGCUCGCCCGCCGCAUUCGUGGCGAGCGCGCUUGA